AUGUUUUUACUGGGUCCAGCUAUCUCAGUGGUGAUAUUGACGAUUGGUGGCUUCGUUCACGAGACGGUGGAAGCUCAACCUCAGAUCGUCACUACUCAUGGAACCGUUGAAGGAUUCACCCAAACCGUCUUGGAUGUAGAGGUUGAUACGUACCUGGGAAUACCCUUUGCAACACCACCUGUUGGGAAUCUCCGGUUUAAGAGACCAGUGGAUGUGCAACAAUGGAACGAAACUCUUCAUGUGAAAACGCCACAUAAUUCCUGCUAUACCUUCAUUGAUACGUCGUUUGAUAGAAGACCCGGUGUUGAAAUGUGGAACCCAAACACGAACAUGAGUGAAGAUUGCUUAUACCUCAAUAUUUGGGUACCACGUGGAAAUUCCUCCAAUUCAACUACUCCCAUGGCGACCAUGAUCUGGAUUUUUGGUGGGGGAUUCUUUGCCGGAACUCCAACACUCGAGGUGUAUGAUGGGAAAUAUUUAGCUGCUCAUUCAGACGUCAUUGUUGCGUCUAUUAACUACCGAACUGGGCCAUUGGGCUUCCUGUACAUGGGUACUCAAGCUGCUCCUGGAAACAUGGGACUUCUGGACCAACAAUUGGCAUUAAGAUGGAUAUUUAGGAAUAUUGAAUUAUUUGGUGGUGAUAAGUCUAGAAUUACGCUAUUUGGAGAGAGUGCCGGGGCUGCUAGUGCUGGGUAUCAUUCGUUAAGCUCAGGAUCGUUUGAUUUCUUCAAUAGAUCAAUCAUGAUGAGUUCGGCUGUUCCUGUAUAUUGGACUCUAACCUCUAAUGAUACCGCCGAAUCGCGAGCGAGAGAUUUUGCCUUAUUUUUCAAAUGUCCAGUGAAUGACAAGGACGCGAUGUUAGAAUGUUUGAUGUCGAAAUCUCCAGUCGAGCUAAGUGACAACCAGUUUGCAGUCUCCGUGACUGGGUUUCUAGGAGUCCCAUUUCCCCCAGUAGUCGAUGGCGAGUUUCUGACGGACGAUCCGGAUUCUCUGUUUAAGAGGGACGAGUAUAAAAAGGUGGAUGUAUUAUUAGGGGUUGUGAAAGACGAAGGAUCAUACUGGCUUAUAUAUGGUUUACCUCAAUAUUUUGCCUUAGUAAACAAUCGGAGUUUAAAUUAUUCCGAAUUUGUGACAGCCAUUGAUUCAUUAUUGCCUGAAGCCAAUGACAACGUCAAAAAGGCAGUUAUCGCCCUUUACGCAGAAUCGACGCCGUCUGAGUUUAGAAACUAUCGCGAUAUUAUGGACGACAUUAUGGGUGAUCAGACGUUUAAAUGUCCAGUGAUGCAAUAUGCUCAUAUAGCAGCACAGUCAAGCAAAGUGUAUCUAUAUUCGUUUGAAGAGCGCAUGAGCAAUUUACCCUGGCCUGAAUGGAUGGGGGUGCCUCACGGAUACGAGGUCGAAGUAGUGUUUGGUUUACCCCUAAAUGAAUCACUUGGAUACACAUCGGCGGAAGUAGAUUUCAGUAAAAGGGUUAUGACGUAUUGGUCAAAUUUCGCCAAAACAGGAGAUCCAAAUAGUGCCACGGUAGCAAACUGGCCAGUUUACACAGACUCCAGACAAGAGUACGCUAUAUUAGAUAAUACUACACAAGACUAUAUUCAAACUGGUCUCAGAGCACAGCAAUGUAAUUUUUGGUCGUCUAUAGUUCCAUUAUUAAAACCAGGUAAGUACAAAAUGACAUUUUCAUAG